CAAGCCUCGGUUUGGUACCCGGAAGAAUCCGUGGGCGUGCGGGGAGUUUGUAGACCGGGACUACGCGUGAGAAACAAUUUAGGACGGCUGGGAGUCAUCAUAGCAAGGUGUUUGCGCAUUACCAAUUGUUGCAGAUCUGACCUGGUAAUCUGCUUCCAGAAGAAUGCUUGCAGGACUGUGUGUACGUCAUUGGUCCCAUUCUACUUUACUACCGCUCAGAUCAAUAAUUUCUCUGAGUCCUAUGUUCAGAUGUCCAAUUUCUGGUCGUCUUAGCAGAACUAUCAACACAUCGUCUCAAUUAAACGUGGCCCAAAAGUCCGGCUCCGCACGGCCUGCUGUCUCUCUGCGUGCCAGGCUAGCGGUGAGCUGCGUUAUUGGCGGAGGUGCUUUGGGAGUAUGGCUCUAUCUACGAUUUGAGAAGCAGAAGCAACAGAAGCUGCAGCGUAUUCAGCAACUUCAGACUCUGGCUGUAGGACAGGGUGACUUCAAUCUGGUAAACCACAUGGGCCAACCAUGCUCCAAAAAGGAUUUAAGAGGAAACUGGGUACUACUGUAUUUUGGGUUUACACACUGUCCUGAUAUAUGUCCAGACGAGCUGGAAAAGCUAAGCUCUGCAGUGUCCCUUCUCGAUAAGGACCCCAGUCUUCCACCUGUUUUGCCUGUGUUUAUUUCCGUUGAUCCAGAGCGUGACACGGUCACAACCCUUGCAAAGUAUUUAAGUGAAUUUCACCCACGUAUUUUAGGGCUCACAGGGACUCCUGAGCAGAUAAAAGACGUUGCACAGGCAUAUCGGGUUUAUUACAGCGCAGGACCAGCUGACGAGGACAAUGAUUAUAUUGUGGAUCAUACAAUCAUCAUAUACCUGUUGAACCCUGAUGGAUUGUUCACAGAUUACUACAACCGUGGCAAGACACAACAAGAAAUAGCAGACAGUGUAAAGCGCCACAUGCUGACAUAUACUUCAGUAUUUAGCUGAGACUAGACUCAAACUUAACUUAACAAAUGGGGUGGAUCUACCUAGCUUUAUAUGUUUGACAUGGAAUACAGGAAAUGUUUGUAGUGAAAUCCUACCGAUAUUUUCUCAUCAACAAAAAAAAAAAUUGAUUGCGUUGUUUUUUAAUAUGCAUUAACAUGCCUGUUAGUAUGUGCACUAGUAAAACAACUAUUGUCAAUGUAA